AUGGAGGAUCCCGCCGGCGGAAAGAUUGAACGGAAUGCACAGGGAGAUGCGACUGGGCUUUUGAGCGAAGCGUGCGUCCUUUCAGCUGUGUGGCCCUACCUCGCAAAGGUAACGUCACCAGCUGAAAAGAUGGCGGCCUUGAGGACUGCAAUUAAUGUGUAUCAUUCGACCGGGUGCACGGGAUGCAUUGACAUGGCCAUGGAUGAGGGGGCUUGGGAAGUGAUUCUCGCAUUAAAGUCUGCCGAGGGACUACCGCUUCGAUUUGCCGCGCAUUGGUGUAUCGUGCCUGGCGAUGGGGAGGAGCAUCGAUUACGACAGGUUGAGCGCGCAAUCAAACUGAGCCACGAGUUCAACGCUGAAACCAGUCCGGACCUGAAGAUUGUGGGAAUCAAAAUCAUAUGUGACGGCGUCGUUGAUGCAUGUACUGCUGCCCUGUCCGAACCGUACACUUUAAAUGGACAUUUCGAAGGCCCAAUUUGGACUCCAGAGAUGCUAGAUGCCGUUGUCAAGAAAGCAUCCGAGAACGGGCUGCAAUGCGCACUGCAUGCGAUUGGAGACCAGGCUAUUCACAACGCUGUCAACGUGCUGGAGAAGUAUGGCAAACCUGGCCAGCGACAUCGUAUUGAGCAUCUUGAGCUCACUGCGCCCGAAGAUGCGAAGCGGCUUGGUCAACUGGGGAUUACUGCGAGUAUCCAACCCGUGCACGCGGAUCCAUCCAUUUUCCGUGCGUGGCCUAAGCUGCUUGGCCCUGAGCGAGUAAAGUGGGCUUUUGCAUAUUCCGAGUUUGCGCAUCACGGGGCACCUCUGGCGAUAGGUUCUGACACACCUACUGCACCACAUCCGCCAUUGCCUAAUCUCUACAUUGCGACAACACGCAAAUCAGCUCGCGAACCCGAUGGUGACGACGAGCCUAUCAACGAACACUUCAAGCUCGAGCUGGCACAAGCGGUGAUUGCGGCCACCGAGGGUGCUGCGUAUUCAAGCUUCUCCGAGGGUCGCAUUGGCAGUUUGAAGGUUGGAAACUUGGCCGAUCUGUGUGUGGUAGACAUGGAGUGGAAUGGUGAGGCGCUGCUCAAGGCGAGGGUAGCAGAGACUUGGUUUGGGGGCAAGCAGGUGUAUGCAUCUUAA